AUGAAGACCGUUGCCAUUGCCGUCGUGGCUGGCGCCCUCGCCACAUCUGUUGCCGGCUCUGCCACUCCCGUCCAGAAGCGUGCCGAUGUCACAUCCAUCACUGUCAAGGGAAAUGCUUUCUGGCAGGGCAACAAGCGUUUCUACAUCCGCGGUGUCGACUACCAGCCUGGUGGCGCAUCGGAUGCAAAGGACCCCAUCGCCGACGAGGCCGGCUGCAAGCGCGACAUCGCCAAGUUCAAGGAGCUCGGCAUCAACACCGUCCGCGUGUACACGGUCGACAACACCGCCGAGCACGACACAUGCAUGAACGCCCUCGCCGAUGCCGGCAUCUACCUCGCCCUCGACGUCAACACCCCCAAGUACUCGAUCAACCGCGCCUCUCCCCAGGUCUCGUACAACAAGGAGUACCUCCAGAGCGUCUUCGCCACUGUCGACAAGUUCGCCGCCUACCCCAACACCCUCCUCUUCUUCUCCGGCAACGAGGUCAUCAACGACGAUGCCACCACCAACUGCGCCCCCUUCGUCAAGGCCGUCACCCGUGACAUCAAGUCGUACAUGAACGCCCGCAAGCUGCGCAAGGUCCCCGUCGGCUAUAGCGCUGCAGACGUCGAGUCCAACCGCUACUUGAUGGCCGACUACAUGAACUGCGGUGAGGACGCCGUCCGCUCCGACUUCUACGCCUUCAACGACUACUCCUGGUGCGACCCCAACACGUUCACCGGCGCUGGCUGGGACCAGAAGGUCCAGAAGCUCGGCAACUACAGCAUCCCCAUCUUCCUGUCCGAGUUUGGCUGCAACACCAACAAGCGCCAGUUUAACGAGGUCAAGUCCAUCUACAGCACCGACAUGUCGUCUGUCUACUCCGGAGGUCUCGUCUACGAGUACUCGCAGGAAGACUCCAACUACGGUCUGGUUAAGAUUGACGGCUCCAGCGUCACAGAGCUCGCCGACUUCACCACCCUCAAGAACGCCUACGCCAACGCUACCGACCCCUCCGGCGACGGUGGCUACAAGUCCAGCGGCUCUGCUUCCACCUGCCCCUCCUCGUCCACGUCGUGGAACGUCACCAUCAGCGCGGACCAGCUUCCUGCCUUCCCCAGCGGUGCCAGCGACUACCUCAAGAACGGUGCCGGUACCGGCCCUGGUCUCGCGGGCGCUGGCUCCCAGUCCUCUGGCUCGCAGGAGACUGCCUUGGCUGGUGCUGGCGAUGGCGCUGUCACCUCUGGUGGCACUCCCGGUAGCACCGCUACUUCUUCUCCCAGCAAGGGUGCCGCUUCGGCUCUCCGCCCUGGCGAGUUCUCCUUCGCUCCCCUUGCCAUGGGCGCCAUUGUCCUCGUCUCGUCCCUCUUCGGUGGUCUCCUCGUCUUGUAA